CUGCUGCAGAGCAGAGGAGGAAAUGCAGAGCCUUAGAUGAACAAAGAGUAGGCUCUUCGCUCAUACAACCAUGAUUAAAUCCCAGUCUUAUAUUUGCAUUACGACUCAAAGACUUUUAUUUUACGCUCUUGAUUUAAAUAGGAUAGACUUAUUUGCCAAUCAGCUGCAGACCGUAAUAUAAUAUUAAAUCAGAGUUUAUGGAUGAGUUAACUGCCUUGCACAUGACGAAGCCAUUAUGGCACAGCAGGACCGUAUUCAGCAAGAGAUAGCCACCACUAACCCUUUAGUGUCGGACAGACAAGAUCUCUCUGUGCUUCAGGGUGAAUAUGCUUCAGAAGACACCAUUUACCAGCUCAAGAUAAAGGACCUUCAAAAAAAGUAUUCCUGUAUUCGAAAGACACGGCCGGAUGGAAAUUGUUUCUACAGAGCUUUUGGCUUUGCACAUUUGGAGUCACUACUGGAUGACAGCAAAGAGCUGCAAAGGUUUAAAGUUCUUGCAGCUAAAAGCAAACUGGACCUUGUAAACCAGGGCUUCACAGAGUUCACUAUCGAGGACUUUCACAACACUUUUAUGGAUUUGAUUGAGCUGUGUGAAAAGCAGCAAUCACUUGGUGAACUGCUGAGCUCCUUCAAUGACCAGAGCGUGUCUGACUACAUAGUGGUUUACCUGAGGCUUCUCACCUCGGGAUACCUGCAGCGGGAGCAUGUGUUCUUUAAGCACUUCAUAGAGGGUGGCCGUUCUGUCAAAGAGUUUUGCCAGCAGGAGGUGGAACCCAUGGCGAAAGAGAGCGACCACAUCCAUAUCAUUGCCUUGGCAAAAGCAUUGAAUGUGCCUGUAUUAGUGGAAUACAUGGACAGAGGCGAGGGUGGAACAGUGAAUCAUCAUGUCUUCCCUGAAGGAAGUGAGCCACGCAUCUUCCUGCUCUACCGCCCAGGCCACUAUGACAUCCUGUAUAAGUGAUGCUCCGUUUCCAUCGUGAAGAAACCAUCCCAGUUCUAAAGCCAAGUUGAGCCAUACAUGUGUAUGUGAUGCUAUGAUAUAAUUAAUCUUAAAGUUUUCACUCUAGUUCCCCCCAUUACGAAAUGUUUUUUCAGUGCAAACAGAAUUCUUAAUCUCUUAAAAACUGACUCUGCAUCAAACAUAAGCAUUAUUAGGGUUGUACAGUAGGUUUUGUGGUUGUAAAUGUUAUCAAUUUUCUUUUAGUGUUUUUCCUUUGUUAUACUGCCUUUCAUGAGUUUUAUUAAAGCGGUUUAAACCCAAUUAGACUGAA